AUGCCUCCUCCUCCGCAUAUUAAGCCUGAGAAUGUUCUCAAGAGGGCCCAGGAACUUAUCGCCGUCGGUCAGGCUCCCGCUGCCUUGACUGUUUUGCACGAACAUGUCACCUCCAAGCGGACGCGCAGCAGCCCUAUCGCCUCCCUCGAGCCGGUGAUGCUCCUGUUCGUUGAGCUUUGUGUCGACCUUCGCAAGGGUAAGGCCGCCAAGGAUGGUCUCUACCAGUACAAGAACAUCGCCCAGAACACCAACGUCGGCACCAUCGAGAUCGUCCUCAAGAAGUUCAUCGAGCUCGCCGAGCAGAAGGUUACCGAGGCCCAAGCCAAGGCCGACGAGAUCCAGUCGUCCCUCGAGUCCGCCGCUCCCUCCAGCAACGUCGAGGAUCUGGAGGCUAUCGAAACCCCCGAGACCAUCCUCCUCGCUACCGUCUCUGGCGAGCAGUCCCGCGACCGCACCGACCGCGCCGUCGUCACCCCAUGGCUCAAGUUCCUCUGGGAGACUUACCGUACCGUCCUCGAGAUCCUGAAGAAUAACGCCCGUCUCGAGAUUAUGUACCAGUCGACCGCUCUCCAGGCCUUCAAGUUCUGCCAAAAGUAUACCCGCAAGACCGAGUUCCGCCGUCUCUGUGAGCUGCUCCGCAACCACGUCCAGAAUGCCGCCAAGUACUCUACCCAGAUGCACGCCAUUAACCUGAGCGACCCGGACACCCUCCAGCGUCACCUCGACACUCGCUUCCAGCAGUUGAACGUGGCCGUUGAGCUCGAGCUCUGGCAGGAGGCUUUCCGCUCCAUCGAGGAUAUCCACACUUUGCUCAACCUGAGCAAGCGCCCCGCUAAGAACAUCAUGAUGGCCAACUACUACGAGAAGCUUGCUCGCAUCUUCCUUGUCAGCGAGAACUACUUGUUCCACGCCGCCGCCUACAACCGCUACUACAACCUCCUCCGUCUCUCCUCCGUCGCCCUGGCCAGCGGUCAGAGCUCCAAGAAGGAGAACCCCUCCGUGACCGAGGCUGAGAUGACCAAGGCUGCCUCCUUUGUUCUGCUCUCCGCUCUCUCCAUCCCUGUCAUCAGCACUUCCCGCUCGCGCGGUGCUCUGGUCGAUGUGGACGAGGCCCGCAAGAACAAGAACACCCGUCUUACCAACCUGCUCGGCAUGGCCACCGCCCCCACCCGUACCGUCCUUUUCCGUGAUGCCUUGAACAAGGGUCUGCUCCGUCGUGUCCGCCCCGAGAUCCGCGAGCUCUACAACAUUCUGGAAGUCGACUUCCACCCUCUGUCGAUUUGCAAGAAGAUCACUCCCAUCCUCAAGCAGAUCGGUUCCGACCCCGAGAUGGAGAAGUACGUUGUGCCUCUCCAGCAGGUUAUCCUGACCCGUCUGUUCCAGCAGCUGUCCCAGGUCUACGAGUCCGUUGAGCUCAAGUUCGUUUACGAGCUUGCUCAGUUCCCCGAGCCUUUCCAGAUCACCCCCGCCAUGAUUGAGAAGUUCAUCAUGAACGGCUGCAAGAAGGGCGACCUUUCCAUUCGCGUCGACCACAUCUCCGGCGUUCUCACCUUCGACUCCGAUGUCUUCUCUUCCUCCAAGGCCUCCCACGCCGGCAGCGGUGCUGGCUCCGCCGAGAGCGAGGUCCAGCGUCUCCAGAACACCCCCGCUGAGAUCGCCCGCUACUCCGUCGCUCGUCUCGCCAAGACUCUCCACGUCACAUGUAUGUACGUGGAUCCCUCAUACAACGAGGCUCGUCUCCAGGCCAAGCAGACUGCCCAGGCCCGCGCCCUUGCUGGUGCUGCCCAGGAGCACGAAGAAACUCUCGCCCGUCGCGUUCUCAUCGACAAGAAGAAGGAGGCCGCCACCGAUGCCCUUCAGAAGAAGCAGCGUGAGGAGGAGAACCGCAAGCGUAUCCGCACCCAGCAGCUCCAGGAUGCCGAGAAGCAGCGCCUGGCUGAUGAACAGCGUGACCGUGAGCUCAAGCGCAUCAAGGAUGAGCAAGAUCGCAUCCGCCAGGAGGAGCUCAAGAAGCAGCUCGAGGAACUCAAGACUGGUGUCAAGGGUAUUGAUGUCAGCGAGAUCGAUCUUGAGGAACUUGAUGCCAACCGCCUGCGUGCCAUGAAGCUCGCUCAGCUCGAGAAGGAGAAAAACGAGCUCAACGACCGCAUCCGCACCACCGCCAAGCGUAUCGACCACUUGGAGCGUGCUUUCCGUCGCGAGGAGUUGAAGCACAUUUCAUCCGAUUACGAGGCCCAGAAGAAGCUCGAUAUGGAACUCUACGAAAAGCAGAACGCCGAGGCGCUCAAGGAGUCCAAGCAGAAGCACGCCGAGGCUGUUGCCCUGAAGCACCGUCUGGGCCGUCUCGUUCCCCAGUUCAGCAGCUUCCGCAAGGAGGUUUCCGAGAAGCGCCACGAGGAGUUCGAGAAGCGCCGCAAGGCCGCCGAGCGCGAGUUCGAGGCCAAGAAGAAGCAGCGUGUCAAGGAAGUCCAGGAGCGCCGCCGCCGCGAGCGCCAGGAGCGCGAGGAGGAGGAACUCCGUCGCAAAGAAGAGGAAGAGCGCGUUGCCCGCGAGCAGGAAGAGCGCACUGCUCGCGAGGAGGAGCGUCGUCGUGCUCUCGCCGAAGAGAAGGCCAAGCGCGAGGAGGAGCGAUCGUUCGUUUUCCCACUCUCCACACCGAUUCCACGCCUUCAAGCUAACCAUUUCAAUAGCAAACUCGACGAGAUGGCUCAAAAGCAACUGCAGCGCGAGGAGGAGGCCGAAGCCCGCCGCGCAGCCCGGAGGACCGGUGGUGGAUUUGCAGAAUCUACCGACCGAACUGCCCCCCGUCUCAAUGUUGCCCCCCGCACUGCAGCUCCCUCCAGCUGGAGAGAGCGCGAAGCUGCCAGAGAGGCGGGUGGUGCCCCGGCCCCUGCCCCGGCCCGCGAGGAGCCUCGCAGGAUGGGUGGUGGUGGCUACGUGCCCCCUCACCUGCGCGCCGGUGCCUCCGGUGGCUCUGGCUCUGCCCCUCCCCCCCGUGAGCCCCGCGAGCCCCGCGAAGCCCCCACCGAGCGCUGGGCCCCCCGCCACGCGCGCGAGUCUUCUUCCCAGUCUCCUGCUCCCACUCCUGCUCCCGCCGCCUCAGCCCCCAAGGCCGAGGGCAGCGGUGGCAAGUGGGUGCCGAGAUGGAAGCAGCAGCAGUAA